AAUAGAUUAUUAUGAUGUGGACCUCUUUGAUUGAAAACAUUAUUUUACUCUUCACUUGGUUUUCAUCACGCUUUUAAAUGCAAACCAUUUUUAAGGAGUAGGAUGAAGUAAUAUUCUACGAGUACAUCUAUCGUACUUUUCGUAUGUAACUGUGCGAGUAGUGACUGAUCAUUAGUAUGCGGAAGAUCCCCAAAAGCUUCAUUAAAUUAAAGCUAUACUACGGCUAAGAUACUCGGAAAUCCGUAAUUCACAUGCACUCAGUCACAUGUCACUAUAUUUUGUGAAAACAAAAAGUUUCAACUUUUAUGUUUAUAGAAAUUUCAAAAAACGAAAGAAAAAUCUACCUAGUACCGAAAGCUCGAUCUUAAUUUUGAAAACAAAUUUGAAUUCCUUAUUCUCUUCUCCAGGUUUUGAAUGCUAUGGAUUUUUGAUUUGUUGAACUGUUAAAUUUGUACAGUACCUACUCAAUGAAUUUUCUUAUUUUUGCAAAAUCAACAAUAACUGUAAUGUUACUAAAAAAAUAAAAUAAAAAUUGAAUUUCUUACAAAUCACCCAAAAAAAACAUAUUCAAAUCUUUUUUUCAAAAUAAAAAUUGACUUGUGGAAGUACAUUUUUUAUUCUUUCACCUAUUAGUUUAAAUGUACCAAAAAACGACCUGCUUUCGAAAUCCUCAAAAAAAUAAUAUUGAGAAAACCCAUGAACUUCUUCAAAAGGCGAAGAAUUAAACUUAAUAUUUAAUAGUUAGCUACAAUCAAUAACACAAAUGUUUAUAUAUGUAAUAGAACGGGAAAAGAAUCCAAAAAUAUCUCUAUGCCCUAUUUCAGUGUAUUAUAAUUCUUCAAAGACGAUCUGAAGCCAAAAAUUCUUAGUGUUUUAUGAGAAAAAUACUUAAGCAUAAUUUAAAUAUUUAAAAUAAAUCAAAUUUUAAGACUAAUGUGGAUGAUGAUGACUCCCCCCACGCCGUGAAACUACGAUAUACACUAAACACGCAAAUGGAUGAAACUUGAAUUAAAUCAAACAAAAAAAACCUAUUAUAUUAAAAUACAUAACGUGUUUUUUUAUCCAUGUUGUUAUUGACUUUAAAUCAAGUGACACAAUCUAAAGUACUUAUAGCAUUUAUUUGUAUAGACCAUAAUAUUAUAGAUAUAGUGAGCAAAAGACAAACAUAUAGCAAUCAGUUUACGCCACUUUCAUAUUUAAUGAAAUUAGGUAGACUAAGUUGCGAUACAUUACACAAAAAUGAACAACUCAAUGACUUAAUGGCAAAAAAGUUACAAAUCAAUUUUGAUGCAAUUGUCAUUGAACCUGGAAUGGUGUCGAGUUGCUUGUCUUACGUAGGAGCAAACUCAAACUUGCCAAUGAUAUACACAACUCCAGUUCCAAUAAAUACUUAUACGGAACGUAUCACCUUUGGUGAUAUCAGUAACCCAGCAACAGUUUCAACAAUGUUAUUUCAAUCCGCAGUUCCUAAGACUUUCAUUCAACGGUUAACUAAUACACUUGUUUGGUUGUACACUAGUAUAGUGGUAAUGUCACAAGAAUACUUACUUCAAUUAUUUGACUCAAAACCUUAUGAUCUUGGAACUAUAAAUCCUCCAUCAUUGGUCUUUAUGAACUCUCAUUUCAUAAGCGAUAAUCCUAGACCAACUCCAUCAAAUGUUGUCAAUAUCGGUGGUAUUCAUUUAAAACCAACCAAAAAAAUACCUAAGGAUAUAUUGGAUUUUAUUGAAAACUCACCAGAUGGAGUUAUUUUAUUCACAUUUGGUUCAACCAUUGCGAUGUCUUCAGUACCAUACAAUAUAUUAACUGCAUUAAAGGAAGCAUUUGCUGAACUUCCACAAAGAAUCUUAUUAAAAUACGAGGGUGAAAUGGAAGAUAAACCUAAAAAUGUCAUGACACUAAAAUGGAUACCUCAACGAGAUAUUCUUUUGCACAGAAAUGUUAAGCUCUUCAUCAGUCACGGUGGAAUAUCUGGAUUGUAUGAAGCUGUAGAUGCUGGAGUCCCAGUGUUAGGAUUUCCAUUAUUCGGUGAUCAGUGUAGGAACAUAGAUAAUUUAGUUAAGGCAGGCAUGGCUAAAUCUAUGGAAUUAUAUUCAGUAACUAAAAACAAUUUCUUGAAUAAUGUAUUGGAUCUUGUUAACAAUAAAAAAUUCACACACAAUGCCAAAAUUGCUUCAGAAAUUUUUAAAGACCGACCAAUGUCACCGGAAAAGUCUGUUGCUUACUGGACAGAAUAUGUUAUUCGUCAUAAAGGAGCACCACAUCUAAAAUCACAAGCUCUUAAUUUAACGUGGUACCAAUACUUUUUAUUGGAUGUAAUCGUUGUAAUUCUUAUAUUCAUUUUGGUUUUUAUACUAAUUGUUUUACAAUUCUUUAAAUUUAUUCGUUUAAUUUACACAAAGAUAUGUUCAUCAUCCUCUAAAGUAAAAUCUGAUUAAUGUAUUAUUUAAUUAACUAUGGUUAAUAAUGUAUUUAUUUAUUUU